AUGGAGUAUCUACACAAGUGCCUCAAUUCACUUAAACGGGAUCCUGAUUUUAAUUUCCAUCCAAGGUGCCAAAAGCUUGGUAUUGAGCAUCUUUGUUUUGCGGAUGAUCUUUUAAUGUUUGCCCGAGGUGAUGAACAGUCUGUUCAAUUGCUUAAGGAAAAGUUUACACUAUUCUCUGAGGCAUCCGAACUCAAAGCAAAUUUAAGCAAGAGUCAAGUAUACUUUGGAGGUGUUCAACCUCAGGAACAAAAUCAUACUCUGAACUUACUUGGGUAUGAAGUAGGAGAGUUAGCUUUCAAAUAUUUAGGAGACCUUUUGUCCACUAAGAAGCUAACUGUUUUGCAAUGCAAGCCCUUAGUCAACAAAAUAACAGCUAGAAUCACAACAUGGAUGGCAAAAUGUUUAUCUUAUGCAGGCAGGUUGCAACUAAUUAAGACUAUGCUAUUUAGGGCACAAACAUACUGGACUCAAUUGUUUCUCCUCCUUCAGAAGGUUAUCAAGCUGAUAGAAGCUAUAUAUAGGAGCUAUCUCUGGUCUGGAGAAGCUACAAUUACUAAGAGGGCCCUGGUUUCAUGGGAAAGUAUCUGUUUGCCUAGAGGAGCUGGUGGUUUAAACAUUCUCAACCUGAAAAUAUGGAAUCAAGCCGCAAUAUGUGAACUCUUAUGGGCUCUUAGCUUGAAGAAGGAUAAAUUGUGGAUCUCAUGGGUCCACACCUAUUACAUAAUGCAGCAGAACCUAAAUGACAUGAAGAUUUUUUCUCAAACAUCAUGGAUGGUUAGAAAGAUUAUUCAAAUGAGGAAAUUCUGGGUGACAUUGGGAGACCAAAACACAUUGUUGCAUAGAGGUAAAUUUCACAUAUCUGCAGCCUAUAAAAGACUGAGAGGGGAUGUUCCAAAUAUGGCAUGGAAGCAACUACAUAAAAGAUUGAGAACCAAAGAUUUGCUGCUCAAAUGGGGAAUUCCUGUUACUGUCAAGUAUAUUUUCUGCUCAAAUGUUCCUGAAACCGCUGCUCAUCUCUACUUUGAGUGUUCUUAUACUCACACCAUCAGGAAGAAGAUACUUGAUUGGCAAAAAUGGGAAAGGCACAUAUUGAACUGGGACUAUUAA